CUCCAGUCCGGUAGGUGGCGAUGGUACACCUCUAAGCUGGUAUGUCCACCGCCAAUAAACACCACAGAAGAAGAAGAUAUUCAGAGUAAACAGAAAUGAAACUUACAGUGGCAGUGAGAGGGUAAGAGGGUAAGACCAGCAAAUCAUAGCCAGUUUGUAGUUCAAGAUGCACCCAUCCUCCUGUGACACCUUUGUGGCUCUGCCCCCCUCCACUGAGAGACAAUACAUCAUCUUUGGGAAAAACGCUGACAGGCCUUGUGAUGAAGUCCAGGAGGUGGUGUAUUUUCCUGCCAGAGACUAUGCUGCAGGGGAGAAGGUUGAGUGUACAUACAUAGAGAUUGAGCAGGUUGCCCACACUUAUGCAGUUGUGCUGAGCAAACCAGCAUGGCUGUGGGGCGCAGAAAUGGGCGCAAAUGAGCAUCAAGUGUGCAUUGGAAAUGAAGCAGUGUGGGGCAGAGAGAGUGCAGAUGAUGACGAAGCUCUUCUCGGCAUGGAUCUGCUCAGGAUUGGACUUGAGAGAGCUGAUACAGCUGAGAAAGCUGUGGAUGUUAUUGCUGAGAUGCUGGAGAAAUAUGGCCAGGGAGGAUCUUGUAUGGAGGAUGAGAGCGGCUUCACCUACCACAACAGCUUCCUCAUCUCAGACAGGAAGGAGGCAUGGCUGCUGGAGACAUCAGGGAAGCACUGGGCAGCAGAGAGAGUGGAAGCUGGAUAUCGCAACAUCUCAAACCAGUAUGGCAUAACAACUAAGAUAGACAAGGAGCAUCCAGAAAUGAGGGAAUAUGCACGAAGCCAGGGCUGGUGGGACGGAAAGACUCAGUUCAACUUCGCCACGGUCUUCUCCUUUACGACUACAGCCAGAAUAGAAGCCGCUGGGAGCCGAUACUGUGAGGGGAAGAAGUUGCUGGAAAAGAGCAACGGUCACAUCACUGCUGAGACGAUGAUGGACAUCCUGAGGGAUAAAGAUAGCGGCAUCAACAUGGAGGGCAUGUUCAUGUCAGCAGGAAGCAUGGUGUCUGUGAUACCCACGAAUCCGGCUCUGCCAGGGGUUCACUAUUUCACAGCAACUCCAGACCCUGAAAGGUCCGUAUUCAAACCUUUCAUCUUUGUGAAGAACAUUAUUGAGCUGAAGGAGACGACUUCUCCAAGUUACGGUGCAGACGACCCCGUGAAGAAGAAACCCCGCUUCCAGAGCAAGCCGGACCGCAAACACAUGUUGUUUGUCAAACAUGAACUGGUGGCUGCCAUCAUUGACUCCUACAAGGACAGGGGAAAGAAGAUCACAGAAAGGAUGAGGCAGCUGGAGAAGGACAAGAUGAAAGAGAUGGAGGAGAUUCUUUCACAUGGUAUUGAGGAACCAGAUUUUUUGGUGAAUCUGUUCUCAAGCACUGUUCAGGAGGAGAUGGAUGUGUACGGCAAAAGCUGAAACCACAAAACAUGUCUCCUUCAGGGUGACAGCAGCAGUAGAUACAUUUGAUCCUUUAGUCAGGGAUGAGUACAAACAUGCUUGUAUAAUAAAUCACAACUGAAUACUAAUAAAUAUUAUUGUAUACAAAUAAAGCAGCCCAGGACACUCAUGUUGUACAAUAUGGACUACAAUGUUGACUUUUAUGUAUCGAAUCAUCGACCAGAAUUACGGGAAGGAACAAAGUCAUUACGUGAGACUGUGAUUUGAGGGUUCUGUAAUUUAUUUUAAAACAAAUCCAUAUCAUAAAUAUGCAGCCUUUGACAGAAUUUGUGUGCAACAGACAAGGUAGUAUUUAUUAAAAAGGCAACUUUUACACCAGUUUUCUCAACAUGAUGUAAGUUAAUAAUAAACACAAACCUUUGCACUUAAAAAAGCCACAAGAAUGUAUAAUUUAGCAGAGUUAGUUUUCUACUUAUAUUACUAUACACCUGAGAGAAAUUCAAAUAUUACAGCAGCUCUUACAUUCCUAGUUCUGAUACUCAUUUCAUACGGUUAUCACUUAUUAAUAAUGAUAACUUUUUAAUUUUCAAGUGGAAGUUUGCUUUUGCUAAUUUUAAAAAGCAGGAAUACACCAAUUUUAACAUUACCAUUUAAACAGGGAACAUGCUUUUUCCCCUUCAAACUGGCAGGUUAUUUGUUAAAAUUGUGUAUUGGCAUCCCACUAACGUAGCCCUGGUGAACAGUGUAAGCACUAUCAGUGUCAAGUCAUGUUAAACUGCAGCUUAUCAAAGCUACAAUACUUAUGCUUCAUGCUACAUUACCAGUUAACUAACUGGUGAAACUAAAUCACCAUUUAAACUGAUUUCAAACAAACUC